AUGGCGGCCCUUAGGACCUCCGACCCUGCAUUCAAAUGUACGCAGCAUCCCUGGCGGAGCUGCAGCAGCAGUAUUGAGCAGCAGCAGCAGCAGCAGCAGGAGGUGCCACGUCACUCAGGGACCUUCCCUCGGCUUGUACAGCAGCAGCUGCAGCAGCAGCAACUGCAGCAGCAACAGCAGCAGCAGCGCUGCAGAGUUUCCCCAAGCAUCGCCGCCCGCUGUGCGGCCUUUGAGCGCCUAUCUCGCGCAGCAGCAGCGCCUGACACCCCUGUAUCUGCUGCUGCGUCUGCUGCAGCAGCAGCAGCAGCAGCUCCUACAGCUUCAGCAGCUGGAGCAGCUGCGGAUUCUGCUGCAGUUUGCUCCCCAGCUCUGCCCAGUCUGAGGCCCCAUGCUGCUGCUGCUGCUGCUGCUGCAUAUGGGCGCCUGCCCAGCUCGCUGGGGGCUUACUGCGUCGGCAGUCACAGCGGCAGCAGCAGCAGCAGCAGCAUCAGCAGCAACGCUACUCAGGGAAGCCCUCGCAGUAGGGCCAGCUGCAGCAAAGAAGAGGCACUUCUGGGGCAGCAAAGAGCCACUGCUCCAACUGCUGCUGCACAACUAGAGACAACUGCACACCGUGGCUUCCUUGACAGCCUGCACCUUGACUGCAGCAACAACGCCGCAGCUGAGGAGAGCAGCACCAGCUUUAUCGUGGUCAGCAGCAGCAGCAGCAGCAGCAGCAACAACAACAAGAGCCGAUGGAAGCCGCAGCUGCAGCAGGCGAGGCUGGGCCCCGUGGGCUCCUCAAUUGUUUCUCCUGCUGCAGGAGACACAUCUCCUGCGGAUGGCCAAGCUUUAGCGGAGCCUCUCGAGGCAGCAGCAGCAGCAGUAGCAGCAGCAGCAGCAGCAGCACCAGAAGAAGCAGCAGCAGCACGGGCGGCAGCAGCCGCUGCAGUACCGACUGCAACAGACGCUGCAGCAGCAGCAGAAGAAUGCGAUGAAGCAGAAGUGGGAGAAGAAACAAGAGUAACAGUUCCUGCGCUGGUGCGGCAGUUCGAGUGUUUGAAGUCCCCCUUCCGCUGCAACUCCGCUGCUGCUGCUGCUGCUGCUGCUGCUGCUCCAGGAACACCCCACAGCGCGGUCUCUCCCUGCAGCAAACGAGCCAAGUUCAAACCGCAGCUGCUCAGCAGCGAAGCAGCAGAUGAGGAUUCUUCUGGUGCCCAGGCGGAAGCAGCCACAGCGACAGCAGCAGCAACAGCAGCAGCAGCAACAGCAGCAACGGCGCCAGAAGCUGCUGCAGCAGCACCAGCAGCAACAGCAUUAGCGGCGACAGUCUCAUCAGAGAGCAGCACGGAAGGAAGUUCAAGGCUGAGACGCUCGCAACGUCUGCUGAACGCCCAGCAACAACAGAAACAGCAGCACCAGCAGCAGCAACAGCAGCAGCAGCAGCCGCAACAGCUGCAGCAGCAGGGGGAGCAGAAACAGGAGAGGGCCGCUCGAGAACUCCGUUACAGGCGCCACAGCAGCGACACAAACAACAGCGGCGUCACCAGCAGCAGCAGUAGCAGCAGCAACAGCAGCAGCAGCACAGCCAAAAGUAGCAGCGGCAUCAAAAGCAUGUGCAGCAGCGGCAGCAACACCAGCAGUGCUGGCAACUGCAGCAACGACGGCAGCAACGGCGACAGCAACAGCACCAGUACUGGCAGCAGCAGCAACGAAGGCAGCAACGGCGACAGCAGCAUAAGCAGCAGCAGCAGCAGCAGCUCCUGUUUUCCCAGUGUUUACAAUUUGCCUACGUCAGCAGACAGCGCCACAGCAGUGCAGCAGCGGGAGCUGGGUCGGCAGUUCGUGCUGCAGUUGGGGGCCUUAAUAAUGGCAGGUAGCAGCAGCAGCAGCAACAGCAGCAGGAAGCUGCUGCUGCCGCAGUUAGAGCCUCUCAGAAUAGCAGCAUCGAAGCUAAGCCUGUACGACUUCUCGAGCUCUGCUGCUGCAGCGCAGCAGCAGGCCUUUGCAGACGAAGCAGAUAAUACCCCCGCGAGCAGCAGCAGCAACAGCAGCAGCAACAACGCCGGGGAGCAGCAGCAGGUCGGCCGGCGGUGCUGCACGUCAGACGCAUGCAGCAGCAGCAGCGACAGAAGCUGCAGCAGCAGUGCCCGGUUGCACGGCAGCCUGCAGGGGGCUUUUGCUGCGCAGCUGCAGCAGCAGCAGGGGAAACUUCUGAAGCACUGUGCUACGGCGCUGAGCGAGCCAGGCGCCUCAUCUGCAGCAGCAGCAACUGCAGCAGCAGCAACAGCAGGAGCCGCAGCAGCAGCAAACCAGGAGAUUUGGAUUCGCCUGCUCUGCCGCUGCCCUGUCUCUCCAGUGCAGAUUUCCUUCAGUCGUUCUUCUCGAAAAGCUGCUGCGGCCCCGCUGCAACAGCAGCAGCAGCAGCAAGAGCAGCUGCAGCAGCAGGAGCUUUUAAGUUCCUUGCAGCAGACUUCGAUGGGCGAUUCAGCAGCAGCAGCACUGGCAGCUGCUGCUGAUGCUGCUGCUCUUGGGGCCACUCUGGAAAUGGCGGGCAAGCGGCUGCGAGUCCCAGCUGCCAGCAACAGGUGCAGCAGCAGCAGCAACCGCAGCAGCAGCAGCAGCAGCAGCAGCAGCUUGGGGACAAGCUCUUCAGCAACUCGGCGGCGGUCUUUCGGAGACCGGAGUGUUGCUGCUGUUGCUGUUCAGAAUGCUUCUGCUGCAGCAGCAGCAGCAGCAGCAAACGAAAGGGGUAGCAGAGCCCACUGGUGUGAAUGCUUUGUGAGCAUAUCCUGCAGAGCAGCAGCAGCAGCUGCUGCUGAUGACGCUGCUGCGGAUGACGCUGCCGCUGAUCCUGCUGCGGUGGACAGCAAGAGGCUGCUGCAGCAGGAGCGAGACGCAGCAGCAACGGCAGCAGCGGCAGCAGCAGAAAAGAAGGCCGCAGCAGCUGCAGCAACGGGGAAGAGCGCCACUGCUGCAGUGGCAGCAGCAGCAGCAGCAGCAGCUUACAGCAGCAGCAGCAGCAAGUGCACUUACUUGGUGAAAGUGUCGAAUGAGCGGCCGUCGAGUGACCGCCUCUUCUGGGCCAUGCCUGCUUCGGACAUGCGGCAGAGCAGCAGCAGCAGCAGCAGCAGCAGAAGCAGCAGCAGCUGGAAGCUGCUGCAGAUCCCCCAGGGAGUUUCUUUAGAAGAUUCUGUAGAGGAAUUAAUGUCCAAACAAAACUUCUUGUUGGAGCUCAAAAACAGAGUCCACAGAGGAGGCCGCAUGCGCGAAACUCUCUGA